AAGAUGCGCAGGCGGAGGAGGCUGAGGCGCCGGCGCAGGCUUUGAGGCGGGAGGGGGGGCCGCCAUGGCCGCGUCUGCCGCAGCCUUGCUGUGGCUCCGCCGAAGCGCUUGGCUGGUGCUGUUGGUCCUGGCCUCCCCUUCUUCCUCGUGGGGCAGCCCAGCCGAGGAGGCCGGCGGGGGCGCAGGGGGCGGAAGGGACGCGGCGGAGGCCCAGGCCGACGAGCAGCAGCAUCACGACUCGUCCUACGGCACCUUCGCCAGCGAGUUCUACGACAUGCGUUUCCUCUCAGACGAAGGCUAUCCUUUUCCUACUGCCCCUCCAGUUGAUCCAUUUGCAAGAAUUAGAGUGGAUGACUGUGGAAAAACAAAAGGCUGUUUUAGGUACGGUAAACCAGGAUGUAAUGCAGAGACUUGUGAUUACUUUCUCAGUUAUCGCAGAAUAGGAGCUGACAUAGAGUUUGAGUUGAGUGCUCAGACAGAUGGCUGGGUUGCUGUGGGAUUUUCUUCAGAUAAGAAAAUGGGUGGAGAUGAUGUUAUGGCUUGCGUUCAUGAUGACAAUGGAAGAGUCAGGAUACAUCAUUUCUACAAUGUUGGUCAGUGGGCAAAAGAGAUCCAGAGGAAUCCUGCAAGAGAUGAAGAAGGCAUUUUUGAAAACAAUCGUGUAACGUGUCGAUUCAAGCGUCCUGUGAAGGUUCCCAGGGAUGAAACUAUUGUAGAUCUUCAUCUGAGCUGGUACUAUUUAUUUGCUUGGGGGCCAGCAAUUCAAGGUUCCAUAACUCGGCAUGACAUAGACUCUCCUCCUGUUUCAGAGAAGGUGGUCAGUAUUUACAAGUAUGAAGACAUUUUUAUGCCAUCAGCUGCCUAUCAGACCUUCUCUUCUCCAUUCUGUUUGCUGCUUAUUGUUGCACUGACAUUUUAUUUAUUGAUGGGAACCCCAUGAUGAGAAGUACAAUGUAUGUGCCAAACUGAGACAAUUUAUCAGUGAGCUUUGCUCAGGAUGGGAGCCUUUUCUAUUAGAAUUUUUAUUGCUGGACACCUUGUUAUUUAUUGACAGCUUGUGUUUCUCAGUGGACAAAAUUGCAAGCUCAGUGCAGCCUGAGCUAUAGGUACAGUAUGUGCCAAAUAAUCAUGGCAUUAUGGAACAAUCAAGGAACCGAUUGAUUGACUGAACACUUGUAAAAUAUAUAAAGCUUAUUUUAUGGAAAUUGAAGGUGUGUUCCCAAACGCACAUAUUAAUGAGUAAAGCUUGGGACAUAUUCAGAGUAAAUAUGCAUAGGACUGUACUGUAUAAAAACAGGUGGAAAACCUCUGGUUUGUGGGCACAAUCUGGCUCAUGGAUUUACCCGCAUCUAGCCUGCAACCAAGGCCACCUCUUAGUUUGCCUUACCUUCUGAAGCCCUGCCUUUAUGGACUAACCUGAAAAGAAUCCCUUCCUAGUUUUGCUUUUCCCCUUUGUCCCUAUGUGGGGACAAGAAGAGAGGUAAAGUUGGCCAUGCUAUUGAUGUUUGCAAGCACUUUCUCAAAACUUGUCACUUCUCUCCCUAUUCCUUACAGUUUCUCUAUUUCUUACAGUAGCAACUUUAGCCCAAGGUCACUCAUCUGGAAUUAAGUUAGAGGAAAGAGCCAGGUUAAUUGAUCUUAACCAAAAUCCACAAAACAGCAAUAGCUUUAUUAGCCAAUCACAAUUGCAGGUUUUCAAAACACUAUCUAAAAUUUCUAAAAUUUUAAAAUUACAUAUAAAAUCUAAAGAUAUAUAUAUAU